AUUCCUCCCUGUGCCGGCUGGGGAGACACGCGCUUUCUGCUUUUCUGCCUGGCUGCUGGCUCUGCUCCAGCAUCCCUCCGUGCCUCUCGUGUGCCUGCUCCCACCUCCAGCCUAUGUCUCCCCCUGUGGGGUUUAUUGGCCAGCCUGUUUCCCUGUCUGUCGCUGCUGCUGCUGGAGCCGUGGAGCUGUUUCACUGCUACGCCGCUACAAAAUCUGCCUCGCUUUUCCUCUCUGCCUUUCGCUCCACGCUCUCCUAUGCUGGAUAAUCACCACUCAGUCUACAAGAGACAGUGACAGAGGACAGGAAGGGAGGGAGAGAGACGGAGAGCCUGCACUCUUCAUUCAGCUGCUGCAUUCUUCAGCUUGUCUCUCCCUGAGCUUUCCUGGGCUGCUGGAGAGGAAACCACUGGUUCGCGAGAGAGCUCCCCCAAGGAAUUUAUUCUACUCUUUAUCUACUCUAAUCCUUCUCUUUGCGCUUUCUCCCUCUGUUCAUUUCUGGGACAGAGUGCAGAGGAGGAGAAAAGAAGGAGGUACUGAGAGCAGGACUUCAGACUCAGCUGCACAGCUCAGUGUCCCGCCUUGCUCCAAAGACACAUAAGACAAGCACACACACACACACACACACACACACAAAGAGACACAUCAAGACACAUCUAGACACAUCGAGACACAUCGAGACACACAUUUUUGCAUAGAUUGGACUCAGUUCAGGCUGGCCAGACUGGCAGACGGAGACAGAUUGACAAAGACACACAUUCUUUACAUACACAAAGACAGACAACAACACAGACGGACAGACUUGGUGUCAUGGCGUCAGUGGACAGCAAUGGUUCCAGUGUCUCUGGUCGGCUGAGAUCAGGGGAUCUACUUCAUGCUGGUCUGGUAGUUUCACUGCUGCUUGGUGUGUGGAGUGUCGGUGGCCUGGAGGUCUCGACAGGUAAAGUGUCUUCAAUUGAAGCAAUGAAUGGCUCCACAGUUCUGCUGCCCUGCACCUACUCCUCCUGCAUUGGCAUCAAAAACCUCUACUUCAACUGGCACUAUUAUGACAAUGGAACCAUGCUCAAGUUAUGUGAAGCGGUGAUUCCCAUUGAGGGUGUGGAGCCCAAGGUCAGUGUGUACCAUGAGCGUGUGGAGUUUGUCGGCUCCUCAAAGACCAACAACAUCUCCAUUCUGCUGUGGAACAUCACCUUCGAAGAUGAGGGAGAGUACAUCUGUUUCGCCAGGAACCCAAAAGAGAAGAACCGCAACCACAGUGCCGUCUACACUCUUAUAGUGGUGGACCAAAUGAAGGAGGUUGACAAUACUUUGACAGUCAUCAUUGUCUCAGUGCUGGGUGGAGUCAUUGGCUUAGUUAUCAUUAUCAUGGUGAUAAAGGCCUUGGUUGUUCACUUCCUGCUGAAGGAUGAUGAGAAGAAUAAAGAGUGCCUGGUGAGCUCCUCAGGGAAUGACAACACAGAAAAUGGACUUUCAGGAGCCAAAGCUGACAACAAAGGGACACCAAAGGCAUAAGCAAAAUGCAAAGUAUGUCUGUAUGUUUGUAUAUAUGUUAGACAAAUGUACACGCUGGGAGGAAAUGGUGUUUUCAGUGGACUGUUUUAUCUUGCUAGUGGCUAACUAAUACAACAUGUACAUGUCUAUUUUAAAUCAUGCUUGAGAUUUGGGAAGUGUGAAAUGUGCAAAGGCCUGGAUCGCUCUUUCACCUACAUGGCAGCCCGUCUGUAACACGGCAUACAGCCUCUGUUAUCGAACUCUGCUCUACAUCGUACUGAAACCUGACACUCUCUACAGUAGAGCCUCGCCUCAACUCUCUGCCUGUAGUUACAUAUCCUUGUGGUUUUCAUACCCUUAUUUUCUUAUUCAGGUUACAUCUUCAAACACACUACACUUUUUUUUUUACUUUGAGCCCUCUAUAACCAUGAUACAACUAAUAGUAACUAUUACAUCAUUUUAGAGGAAAACCUUUGCACAAAGCAGAUCCUCAGUUGUCUUAAGUUCUUUAUUUAUAGAGCAAAUUUCAAUAUUUAGCUGUCAAAAUACAGUUACCAGUGUCAGUUGACAAGCUAAAAGUAUGUUUAACUUUCAGUUUGUAAUUUGUGGGACUUUUGUGUAAAAACAAAUCUGACCGGUGGGAAUACGCACCUGCCAGGAUGAAUCACCACAAUCUAUGAACUGCCUUCAUGUCAACUGAACAACAGCAGGAAACUGCUGAAAGGCUUCUCCUCCGACCACCUCUCUUGACACUGACCCAAAUCCACCUGUAAACCCAAACCAGAGGACCACUGGGGGGAAUUGAAUUGAGAGCAGGUGGUCAGUACUUUUACUGAAGUAAAGGAUCUGAGUACUUCCUCCACCACUGUGUAUACAACCACUGAUAUAUUUAAUAUGUUUUCUAACAAGUUAACACACCUAACAAGUAACACAACUCUGCUGUGUUACCGGCUGACUCUCCGCUUUUAAGAAAGGUGGCCUUGUGGUAUAACUUGUGUAUAUGAUGUAGAAUAGCAGGUUUGUUGUGGGAAGCAAGUCUCCAGCAAUCACAGAAACGUAUAUGCUAUUAGGGGUAAUUAAGUCACCUUAGUCAGCCGUAAUAUGGCUAUUUAAGCAUUACAGUUACGGAAAAUAUUGUGUUCGCUGUCACAGAAGAGAAAUAACAAGUCCGUGUUCAUGCAGUGUUACAACAUUCUUCACAGCAGAGUUGUGUGCAACUUACCAUGGAUAAAGCACUGAGCUAGCUAGAUAAUGACAGAUAGCUAGAUAGCGACAGUGACAGCAAGGGUAAAUUCGAGAAUUGCGAUACAAUUACUGAUGGUCAUCCAUUACAUGCCGCAACUGUGUGCAGAUGAUGCAAAACAAAUCGUGGUCAUUCAACUUAUGUGUUGUAUUGAUAAGAGUUUGCAGUGAAGUAGGCCUAUUUCAACAACCCUGAUGUCACUUUAUUUUAUACGCCAAAGAAGUUUUUCACUCACAUUUGGAGUGCUAAUUUUGGACACUGGGUGAGAGACACAAGAAUUGGCAAGCAUGGGAUGCAUAUUUCAUAAUUUAUUAGAAUCAGAUCAUUUAAACCUAUAUGUCAUUUACAGUAGAUUAUCAGUGUGCUUUCUUGCCAGAUUCACUCAUGGCUGUACCCACACUGGCCCACUCUGUCUGACUGACAAGCCCUCAGGGCAGCUCUACUGCUUCGUCUCCUCACGUUGGACUGAGGGCAGACUGGACUCAGUCACUCCCUAUCACAUCUCGAGGCACAAGUGGUAUUACAACACAGGACGGGAUGGAGCUAGCUUGUUAGCACGAUAACUUCAGUAGAUAUCUCUGCAACACAAUAGAUAGACUUCUUUGACAUGACGUCGGAACUUUUACUUCUUCACAUUCUGUGGAUCAUGCUAGUUAAUUUUUUUGAAUGUUUUACUUUAACAGUUCUGUCCAAAUCUUACACACUAAAGUUCAACUUGCAUGUUUACUGCUUCAUCCAGGUUUGACACAUUGCUGGGGUGUUUGGUUCAUUAAUGCUGACAGCAGAUUUUGAACAACUACUGGCAAGAUAAGGCUGACAAGCGGGCUCCUUUUAGGUGACUGAAGGAUUCUGUUCUGCACAGGUUUUAUUGUUUUGCUUUAGAUGAAACACAGGUGCCUGUUCUGCUUCUGCUCCCCCUGCUGGUGGGAGGAUAAAAAUAUAGAAAAGUAUUAAAAAACAACCAACCCUAACCCUCAUCAAAGACAAUCCCUAGACUACCCAGCUCCCCAUAGAAAUGAAUGAACUUAAUCAUGCUGCUUCUGACAAAUAACCAAUGCAUUUUUAGCAUGUGCGCAUUUUCUAUACCUUCAUAUAAGUAUGUUGUCUAGCACCACAGUACACGACUAUUUCUGUGUGUCUAUGUAUGCUCUCAUUUAACCCUUCACAUUGACCUCAACUGACUGAAGCUCUGUCAAUGAAUCAAUAAGAGCCUCCCAACACUGCUACAACAUUUCUUACCCCUUCAACCAAGUCAAGGUGAAUAAAAGGUGACUUACUUACACUUAGGCUGUGUCCGAAAUCACCCACUACUCACUAUAUAGUGGACUCCAUAGUGAGCUCAUCAUUUUGUAGUGCUGCCCGAAUGUAGAGUGAUAAUUAUUAUACCCUAUAUAGUCCACUCAGUGUAUCCCAGUAUGCAUUUUGAGAAGUAGUGUAUAACUGAUGGUCACUAACCAAGCCGUACAUACCAUCAUGCAUUGCGCUGAUAGAAAAAAACAGUCCACCAGCAGAUUGUCCUAUGGCAAUGACGUAAUUAAAUAACGAUCGGAGUAGUGUCCGAAAGUACUGUUUUAAUAGUGAGCUCACUACAUAGUCCUCUACAUACUCUCCUACAUAGAGGGUAGGGAGUAAUGAAUGAGUGGUCAUAUCGGACACAGCCUUACUUAUUCAAUAGCAAGUAUCCACUUUUUCACACUUGAAUGCAGACUCUAAAUGGCUACUUUGCAAUACACACUUGCUCUGAUAACCAUAAGAAAAUAUUUUCACACAUACACGUUUUCUGAAUCGUGCUGAGAUAGUCCAAACACGUCCAUUGAUACUGGCUCAGCAAUACAGGUAGAAUAGCAUUGGGGCAGACUGCUAAAGAAUGUAAUGACUGUCAGGGAAUAGAUGUCUAAAAAGUAUAUUUCAAUUUAUUAUAAAAAAAAUAUUAUAUUCAACAUGGUAAUGUUACUAUCAAACGAAUGUAUGAAUGUCCCAAUAGGCCAGAGGUUCAAAUUCCUUUGCCAACUUACUCUGUGUAGCAGCCAAUCCUUUGAGUGUUUUGCUCAGUUCAAAGUUCAGAUGAGCAAAACAACUGCUUGCCGUGACUGUGUCUAAAUAUUUGGACAUUAUAAGAAAUUUGAGUUGGGUUUCUAAAUAGCACUGGUGUCUUAGCACUGAACAUUUUAUUGUUUUUAGUAAACGUCCGGAUUAACAUGUGCUCAAGAGCAUGGAGGGAACUGGGAGCUGUUGAGAGUAAAUUAACUAAUUGAAAAAAGAUAUAUUAUUAUAUACAAAUUUAAAUGUUAGACCAUGCACCAACUAUACAGCUUUCGACAUUUCAGAAGUAAUCACCUUGUGUAAAAAUAGGAAAAGUCAAAAAAGUCUUCAUAAUAUAUGCAUAAAUUUGAUCUUGUGAUAAGUCAGCGUGGAUGAACUUAGUGCUAAGAUGCCUGCUGGAAACUGGAACCCGUUCUCUAUGUGACUCUCAGUACGAGAGGUCAAGCUGGCAGACAUGAUCUGCCACACCCUCACACAUAACUUGAAUAGCUAUGAUAGCUGAAAGCUACACACAAAUAUACGCACACACACACACCCCUACACAUGCACUCAUACACUAAGAGUAACUUUGAUACCAGAGUGUUAGUACACUGUCCUUGCAUACAAACAAUAUAGCACUUUACCACAGUUUAGAGUGGGUGCACAAAACGCAUGAGAUUAUUGAAGUGACUUCAAAAUCAUUGUUCUUCUUCUUGUACAAUCUAUUGGAAGAGCUAACAAAAACUAUCAAUUUCACUUGUUUGUCAAGUUUGACUGAGUACCUGACAACAGCAUUGUGUCAUAAUGGUUUUAGCACUGACUGACUACAUGUCAAUGUAUCAACGUGUCAAUGGAACAGAGUUUUAUGGCAAGCUUUUAUCUUAUUUUUCUAAUUGUUCACUCCCGUCAGCCUGCUGCUCUGUAAUACUGGAGUGCAUAUCCCUUUUUGCUUUCAAUGGAAGCAAUAAGACAGACAUCCGUUUAUGCAAUAACCUGUUAUAAGGCACUUUAUAGAUGUGUCUGGACAGGCUAUGAUGGUAACUUUGUCUGUCCAAGGCACUGUUCAUUGUACCGAUGUAUGUAUCUACACUGUACAAGUGUAUCUCAGUGUAUCAACAUGAGACUACAUUAAACAGGUUUAUCUGCUUUGGAAAACUGUAAUAGCUGCUAACAUUGUAACUAUAACUGUGCAGUGUUAGAAGUGAUACUUGUUGUGUUGUAAAACUGUGAAUGUUAUGGAAAUGAGGGAGCACCACACACACACACACACACACACACACACACACACACACACACACAGAGACACACACACACACACACACACACACACACUGUCUAACAAGAUGUGUGUUCAGAUCCUUCUGUAAAGACGGUACAUAUAUCCAAAGUCUUCCUGUGGGGAAAGGCAAUAUUGUGGGGUUGAUCUGUAUGUUAGUGUACUUUUCAUACCACAUAGCUUUAACCCCAUUAUAGAUUAACAAAUAGGUGGUUUCAUGUAGGGACUGUGAUGCAUAACUUGUGUUUUUGUGGCCCACAGUUCCCAUUGUUUGGUCCGCAUAUUUUUUCUGUGAUCCCUAACUUGAAAACUACAUUUUCUGCAGUGAAGCCCAUUAACCCUGCCUUUAUGUUCAAGGAGAUUCCUCCUUAUCUCUGACUUUCUCUGCCAGUAUGAAUUUAUUUCCCUGUGGUAAAACAACUACUGAAAAAGUGGGAAAAAAUGCCAUACCAAAAUAUGUCCAGCAAAGCAGUCACAGGUAUGUGAGGAGGGUGUUCUAGUGAUGUUCUGUUUUAAUGGAGGCCGGAUAUAUGUGUGACAGAUAAAAAAUGCAAUCUGAUUUAAUGCAUGUAUGCUGUAGGUGUGGAACAGCUGCUUUCAUAAUCGCCACAAUUUUAACAUUUUUUUAUAUAAUUUUUGUUUGUUUUCUUACAUAAACCCCUUACUAGAUUUUGACCUGCCUGGCUCAAAAAGAAAAAACAAAACUUGAACCUUACAUGAUUCUUGAGGUCAGCCAACAGCUUGCAGUGAUUGCUGCAGUACCGAGGAUGCCCUGUACAGUGUAGGAGCGUCUCUGCAGUGGUGCAAUACAGUAAAUAAAGUAGGACUGCCACCCAGUGGUAGAUGCCCAACACAUCAAAUAAUUUCCUCUAGUGGAGGCUGAUCUGACAUACAAUUCAAACAUGCACUUGUUGCAGUUUGAAUCAGAUUGAAAAAGACUGUAUGAUAAAAAAAACUGCGUCAACUUAACUUAAAGCUAAGAUUCAAAUUGUAUGUAAUUGAGUGAUAAAAUCAUGCAAUUUCCAUAGUUAAAACAAUACAUGGUUAUAAAUGGUUUUGAAAUACCUAGUUGCUAAUUGCUUUAGAUAAUGCUACUCUUUAGAUUGUUUAUAAGUAUACAUAAUUGUAAUCCCUGUGCCUACUGGGCAUUUUAUUUACAUUUAAAAAGGGGUGAUGUGUAUGCAUAUGUUAACACUAAAUCUGUUAGGAAAAGGAUCCACGUAACAAUUUGUACAAAUAGGAAUCCUUUAUCAAAUGGCUCACAGAGUGAGCAAUAAAUAGUUACAGAUAGUCUAAGUGUUACUGUCACGUUAUUCACUAAAAUAACAAAGUGUUAGGAUUUCUGAUUGACCACUAUGAUUGAGUUAGUAUUGCUCUUACUGCCAGAGCGGCUGAAACUCACACUGCCAAUCCAAGAGUCUCACGUCUGCUGUUGUUACAACACUAUUACAAUGUCACACAACUGACUUAGUACACUUACACUACUAAAACAUGUUGUAUUACCGUCUACUGCUGUAUUAAUGGUAUUUCAGUAUCAAAUUGUUGAUGAUAUUGCUCUAUGCUACUCCUGUAUUUCUAGCAACUGAAACUCACACUGCCAAGCCAAGAGUCUGACGUCUGCUCUCUGCUUCCCACAUUCCACACAGAUCAAAAUAUCAAACCGCAAAUCUAAUGUUGGUGUAGUUCAGCAGAAAAGUUAACUUUACUAAAAACCUGAUGAAAUAGGAGCAGUAUGUUCUUAUUUUUGGCACAAACACAACUAUUUUCCUUUGCAAGACAUUUGGUGAACUUUGUUCAAAUUAUUGUUAGAGCUGCUAAACUAUGAUGCAUAUUGUGACCUAUUGUGUGUCAAUAUUGUAUUACACGUCCAGCAAACUGCCUCCUACUGUAGCUGGCCAGCUAUUUGAAUUAUAAUAAGCAUAGGCUGACACUGACCUUUUCACAUGUUGUCACUGUUGUCCUGCAUUAUAAACAAUUUCAACAAUAUGUUUUACAUCCAGGAGCCGUAAACGUAACUCAGUCUGAAUCAAAAUAACAAAUCCAUAUCAACACACAUUUUAUCUUAAACUAUCCAAGGCCACUGACGUAAUACAAAUUACAGUAUUCUACAAUAAGUCCACAUCAUGAGGCAAAUUCAGCACAGUCCAUUCAACACACACACACACAGACACACACACACAACAAAUCUGCAAACCCAGGUUUGCUGCAUCAACUUUCCUCUGAAUGUUCAGCUGUUUGUAUGUAUUUGUGACCAUGUUGCUCAUGCUCCCUUCAUGACUAUGCACCUCAAACUUUUGACUUGUUAAAAAAAUAUGUAUCAGAAAUAAAAUGUUGAUUGAAAUUCCCA